GUGAACGCACCCCGUGACGUAGUUCCGUGUGGGGGCGAGGUGGAGGCGGAUGUUGUUGUUAGCCUCGGAGGUGUAGGAGAAGAUGCAGCAGCGCCGACACUUCUGGACGUUUUAAAGUGAUGGGCUGAUUUCCACUUUUGUUCAAGAUGGCGAGAGACAGAAAGUGCAUCCUUUGUGAGACGGUCUACGUCUCCAAGCAGGAGAUGGACGAGCACAUGAGGAGCAUGCUGCACCACCGCGAGCUGGAGAAGCUCAAAGGCCGGGACUGCGGACACGAGUGCAGAGUGUGCAAGGUGACGGUGGUGAGCCUGACCGAUUACGCCAGCCACAUUUCCAGUCCCACGCACAAGCAGAAUGUGGAGGCUGCCGAGCGAAAGAACGCUGGGAAUGACCACGAAGAGGACUACUUUGAUCCGGUCCUGGUGGACCUGAUUGAGAAGAGAAAAGAGCAGAUCAGGAAAGACAAAGAGGCUGCUGCUGCAAAGCUCGCACAAGAAGAAGAGGAUCGAAGGAGAAAGGAGGAGUUUCAACAGAGGUUAAAGGACGCUAAGGAGCGUUACCGGCUGGAGUGUGCCCGGAAGCAGCAGCAACAGUCGCAAGGGUUCAAUGGAUCCACUCAACAGACUUCAUGGUACAGAGGCAACAGAUACAAUGGCAGAGCAGGGGAGGCACAACCCUGGCAACACGGCAGACAGGGGAAGAGCGCCACCUGGCACGCUCAGGAGCCUCCCAACUUUCAGAAAUGGUCGUCUGGAGCAUUUGCUGGCGGAAGCUUGCAUAGCCAGGGAGGAUGGGGCAACAGGCAAUGGGAUCAGGGUGCAAUUUCUGGCAAUCAACGAAGUCGAUUGCCUUGGCUCAGCAACGGGGGCAGUAGUAACGGGGUUUAUGGCUGGAAUAAUAUUUCCCAGAACCCACAAAGGGGCCGUCCGCUGAGCUUUUUGGGGUCUUCUUCCAUGUAUCCACCUUUCACCCAGGCUCUUAGCAAGUUUCAAAAUACAGGUAAUAAUACAGGUAAUAACCAGGGAGGUCAGCAGGGUGAUGGGCCCCAGAAUGGGGAGGGACAAACAGCAGAACCUGACCACAACAGUAGUAAGAGCUCUAAGACCUUUGGUAGCAAUCCAAAGCUGGACAAAACCUGUCGCUGGUCACCUUAUCCGGUCACAAAGAGUUUAGAAUCUGUACCCCAUAAAGAUACCAACCCAAGUUCAUCAGAGAAAUACCCCAAAGUCCCUAAAGUCCAGAAGCAAGACAAGGCACCGGAAACCAGUGCCUCCACCCGGCAGCCCCAACCUGAACAGAAACCAGGGCAGUUGACCUCGAGUGGACAAGGAGUGGAAGAAAAAUGUAGGCAUAAAACGAACCCCAAAACCAAACCCAGAGAUCGGAGUAGCAGCGGCAGCAGAAGCAGCAGUGCUCAGAGAGAUGGCCAACAGAACUCUGCAUCUGAUCCCUCCAGUCAGAAUGCGAGUAAGUCUUUGCUACAUAAAGACAAGAAGAGGUCUUCGGUACUCGGUCUGAACAGUGGAGCUCAGCUCAGCAAGGCCUCCAGUCAAACGCUCGUACAAUUAAAAUCAACUCCAGCUAAGCAGAGUGGAUUCAAUCCCCAGGCUCCACCUGUCGGGCUCCUUCAGUCGAGACAAGAACGGCAGCUUCCAGAGACAUUAAAGAGAGCCCGGCAGAUAGUGUUAGAGAAGAGGGCCUCUUUGGAGAGGUCCAGAAGCAACAGUAUGGAAAUGGCGCUGCACAUCGUGGAGGAGCAGCAGAGGGAUCACGCACAGAGUCAGGUUGGAGUAAACAAAGAAAACAGCUGCAGGCAGAACGCAGCUAAACCAAAUGUGCCCGACUCACUCGGGUCAGAGAAGCCUGCAUUGCAGUCUUCAGACAGCAGCCAGUUCCUCCAAUCACUGCAGGUUAGCACCUCUACCAUGGAGAGCUCGGAGGCUGCAGCCUUGAGUAAGGAAGAUGAGGAGAGCGGGAAGAAAGAAGGGAAGGAAACUGACGCCAUGCAUGCUGCCGAAGCAGGGCAGAGCUCUGAGAGCGACACCUCCAGAAGCGGUGAAGCGCAGGCGGUCUCGGGGUCAAACACAUCAAGUUUGUCCAAACUCGACCUUCCUCCGGUCUUAAAACGUGACCUGACCAAACACAUCAGCUCCAAGAGCAAAACAGGCAGCCACGAGCCCAACCUGAACAUCGCCAGGCGGGUGAGAAACCUGAGCGAGUCACGGAGGAGUGACACGGAAAAAGACUCCGGGCUCAAACCGACCGUACGGCAGCUCAUCAGCUCCUCCGGGUCUCGACGCAAUGUGAACUGGGAGCAGGUGUACCAGGAGGUCCGGAAGAAGCAAGACAAAGGAAAGGGCAUGCCGAGGUUCGGGAUAGAGAUGGUGCCAUUAGACCAGGAGGACCAGAGCCAGGAGGAAGGCGACAUUCCCCUGCUCGAGGGUUUCCAAUGGGACUCGUUGAUGGACACCUCCACCACCUCCCGAAAACGCUCCUUAUCAGAGAGCAGCGUCACCCCAGCGUCCACUCACUCUCUGUUCACAACCCUGAUGUCGAAGGAGGCGGCACAGAAAGAAGUCCUCGGCUCGGAGCAGCAGGGAUCCUCGCUUUCUCCGCAAGGGAGCAAAGACAGCCGGCGUCAGGAAGAAGUGGAGCAGAUGCUCGGUCAGCUCGACGCUAAAGCACAGAAGCAGCCCGAGAAACUGACGUCAGUGACGGUGAAGGCUCUCCAGAGGUCUGAUUCAGUGCUCGGGGACAGCAGCUCCGGGACGGAGCAGUAUGACGGCCAGGGAACAGGAAAGAGGCGAAGAGCAGCUGGGGAUAUUCCAAGUGCAGAGACUUCCUGCUUGGAGCACAAUAACAAAAGAAGGAAGGUCAAAUCCAAAAAAGAGCGUCUACAGAUCGACCAGCUGCUGGCCGUUUCUCUGCGGGAGGAAGAGCUGAGUCACUCCCUGCAGACUGUGGACACCAGCCUGAUCCAGGCCCGGGCUGCUCUGGAGGCCGCCUACAUCGAAGUGCAGCGCCUCAUGGUGGUUAAACAGCAGAUGACUGGAGAGAUGAACACGCUGAGAAACAAGCGCAUCGAGUUACUAAAAGGGAUGCAAGGUAUUCGGGAGGAAGAGCCUCGGGUCAGACUGAAAGAAGAGAAGAUGGAUUCAGUGGAAGCCGAGCCACGCAUACCCUCCUCUGUGAUGGACUCUCCUGCUGCUGAUCCCAGUCCUGGUCCUCCUGCUGAGCGUGCCUCCCCUCCCUCUUCCAGCCUUCCCUUCACGCCUGUCGUCAUCAAGCAGGAGCCUCAGUCUCCAAUUAACGUCAGCUCAGAGCACGACCCUGCAGACGACAUAACCCACUGCGCACACAGCACCACUCCAGAGCUGCCUGUUGCUUCCGCUGCAGCCUCUCCUUCAGAUGCUGCCCUUAAUUUCCAGCCGUCUCCUGAAAGAAAGCCUGAAACAGAACAUAACUGGGAGUCCUUCAGCGAGCCUGCAGACUGCAAAGAGAGUGUCUCAGGGCUGGUUGAGACGACGGAAAAGGCCACACAGGCAACAAGGAACUGUCUCUCUCCUUUGUCUGACUCCAAAGCUGCCAUAAACCUUCUGUCAGCCAGCAGCAGAGGCUCCGAGGUGGCAAGUGUCAACUGUGCAGCCACGCACUCCUUCGAGCCGCCCUCAGUCCCUAUGCCUGCCUCGCCCUCUGAGCUGAAGAACGGGAAGCGCGUGAGGAAGCUGAAAAAGAGGAAAGUGCUGAAGAAGGCCCAGGGGACAGAGCAGCCCGAGAGCAGCGACACAGAACUCGAUGGAGAGGCCUUGAGGCCGAGGUGGCUCCGAACACGCAGGAGGCAGAGCUCUCAGGUCAGCACCUCCACCCAGCCUUCAGAAGACAGAGACGCUGACGUGAACAUGGAGGCCGUCGAGGAGGCCUCCAGGCAGCUGCCUCCAGCCAUCAAACAAGAGAAAGCGUCCCCUAAACACAUGGUGGAGCUUCCCCAGGCUGCCCCAGCCGAACUCACGUUGAACGUGGAUUUAGAAGAAAGCAUGGAGGUCACUGCAGCCUGUCCACAGCCCCACAUUGAUGCCCCAGUUCCAGCUCAACCUCCAGCCCAGGUCCCAGACUCCUCCAAGCCUGAGCCACAGAGCCUGGCCUACAACGAGGUCACCUCCACCAGUGAUAUGGACAUCUGUAAAUCCUCUGAGAGUGAUAUUCCGUUCCCAAUCACGAACCCCAAGAUAGCGAAGUCUUCAUCAGAUGCGUCGUCCGACCACGGUGAGGAUGAUUUGCCCACUGAGGGCGUGUUUGAGGGCCACCAGGAGGCGGUGAACGCCAUGCAGAUCCACAACGGGCUGCUGUACACGUGCUCGGGGGACCGGACUGUCCGAGUCUUCGACCUGGUGAGUCAUAAAUGUGUCGGCGUGUUUGAGGGUCACAGUUCCAAAGUGAGCUGCCUGUUUGUGUCCGCCGCUCCCUGCCUGCAUCAUCGUCUUUACUCCGGCUCCAGCGAUCAGACCAUCCGCUGCUACAGCCUGAAGACACGAGAGCUGGAGCAGCAGUUCUCUCUGUCAGACCGAGUCCUCUGCAUGCACAGUCACUGGAAGUUUCUGUACGCUGGUCUGGCAAACGGCACGGUGGUGACCUUUAACCUCAAGACAAACAAACAGACGGACGCGUUCGAGUGCCACGGCCCGCGAGGCGUGAGCUGUCUGGCCUCGUCGCAGGAGGGAGCCCGGAGGAUCCUGCUGGUCGGCUCCUACGACAGCACCAUCAGCGUGAGAGACGCCAAGAACGGACUGCUGCUGCGUACGCUGGAGGGACACACCAAGACGGUGCUCUGCAUGAAGGUUGUCAAUGAUCUGGUGUUCAGUGGAUCCAGUGAUCAGUGCGUCUACGCACACAACAUCCACACAGGAGAGCUGGUGCGGGUCUAUAAAGGUCACAGUCAUGCCGUCACCGUAGUGUCCAUCCUGGGGAAAGUGAUGGUGACCGCCUGCCUGGACAAACUGGUCCGCGUCUACGACCUACAGUCUCAUGAGCAGCUGCAGGUCUACGGUGGACAUAAGGACAUGGUGAUGUGUAUGGCUAUCCACAAGAACAUGAUCUACACGGGCUGUUACGAUGGCAGCGUGCAGGCCGUCAAGCUGAACCUGAUGCAGAACUACCGCUGCUGGUGGCACGGCUGUUCGCUGGUGUUCGGGGUGAUGGAGCACCUGCAGCAGCACCUGAUCAACGACCACACCAGUGCCAAGUUCCAGAAGCUUCCAGAAGAGUUUUUCUGUGCACGCAACAGCUCCAAGCAGGGGAUGCACAUGCAGAAACGUGCUGAGGAGCAGAUUGAACUGGAGCCUUAAAGCUGGCGGGGACGUGGUUUCUCGCUGAGCCUUCUUCCUGCUCUCUUUACCCCCCCCUGCUGUUAACCUCCCAUAUUGGGGGGGAUGUUUGGGACCCACUUGAGUAAGUGGCGUCCGACGACUCCAUCCUUUAUGUUCAGUGUUGGAAUCCAACCAUAAUACAAUCAUGAAAGGAGGGUUGGUGUUUGUUUUUUUUUUUACGUUCUACAGAAACACGCCUUCCUCUCUCCGACUGUCUGACCACUGCAGCUCCUCUUUUCACUGACCAAACAAGACAAAGAAACUUUUGUUUAUUGAAGAAACUCCAGCGUUGCCGCUAACAGAGGCGUCUGCUCCGCUUUUCUGUCCCAACAGAAACAAUAACCAUCUUUUUUUUUUUUUGGUUUUCCCGGAUCGUUUGGCUCCAAUAUGGCAUGGGCUCAGAGAUGUUUUUAUCGUUGUCGUGCAGUUGUUGAUGUGUCACGUUGAGCAACCUAUAACUUCUUUUUCUUUUUCUUUUAAUUAAUUAAAGGUCCAGUGUAGAGUUUGGCGGCAUCUAGUGGUGAGGCUGCAGACUGGAACAGACUGAACAGCCCUCGCCUCUCCCUCGUAGUUUUAAGCACGAGGGAGAAACUACAGCGGCCGUGAAACUUGUGAAAAAUGAGAAUGUAGAGCCGGCGUUUGGUUUGGACCCGCUCCAUCUAUAAAGUCUCAUACACACAUAGGUAACACUGGACCUUUAAGGUGCCAUUAUUUAACUUUAACAAUAAUGAGUGAUUCAAAGUUUUCAUGGUGUCGUCUCCGGGACUGUGCUUCAGUUCGACGGUUCUUUUAUUUUUGAAGGAGUUUCAUUGGAGUGAGAAUUUAUUUAUUUUUGGUUUGAUUUUAUUUUAUUUUCAGGAAAAAUCUUUUUGUUAGCGGUUUUAGGAUUACAUGAAUCUUUUUUUUGUUGUUGUUGUUGCUCACUGAUAUUGAAGCGUUGAGGGACUUUUGGUGCAGUGUUGUGUGACUUGGCCUCAGGUUGCCAUUUGAGGAUUUACAUUUGCAGUGAUAACAGAACCAAGACGUGGUCACGGUGUGUUCGUGUUUAUCCGUGUCGGGUUUAUUCUUCUGAAUGUUGACGGAGACGUUUGACCCUCUUUGGUGGAGCCUGUUUUGCACGAGUGCGAGUGUGACGUACUGUUUUUACUCCUCCGGAGAGAAUGUCGUCUUUUUUGGAAUUUUUAUAUAUUUGUAGCGUCGAGCAGAAGGAGCUGCUGAUUUUCCACAGUUUUCAAAAUAAAGUGAGGAGGUGAAGGAUGUUUCGAGGAGGUGUUUGAUGGAAGAGCCUGAAGGGAAGAAUUAGGAUUCAUCUCCCAUGCCAUGCCUCACCCCCUAAAAGAAUAUAUAUAUAUUUAAAGGCGUAUUCAACAUGUUUUAACCCGUACGAAAAAGCCCAGCCGAUGCUCUUUCGCGUACUUUGUUGUGGUUUCAGCUCUUUUUUGUUUUUGAGGAUUUGUCCUCAGCAGAGUUCAUCUGACGUUCUCACAGCCGCCGUCUUCCAAACUCGCCUCAUCCGCCGUGGAAAAAAAAAAAGCGCGCAGCAGCUCACCUCGGAGCCGGCAUUCCUGAGUUUCUUCGAGUUUUUUUUUCAGUUUGUUAUUAAAGUUGUGAAGAGAUAUUUUCUAAGAAAGUGCUAAAAUCUAAAACAUUGUUUAAAAAUAAAAAAACAUGUUGCAACA